GAAAUCCUGUGUGUUCAGGCUGAAGAAGAUCCGAGGAAGAAGCUCGACGGAGAAGAUGAAGAUGAUUAUCCUGGCUUUAUCCAUUUGUACAUGGCAGGUGGUGUUGGUUGUAGGUCAGAAGACGUGUGAGUACCCGGCAGUGCCCAACGGCCACCCUGUGGGGAAGCUAAAACAAUUCUACAAUUCUGGAGAAACUCUUAGUUUGAUAUGCGACAGCAGCCACAAGUUUGACGGAACACGUUAUGCGCUUUGUGACGACGGAUCGUGGAUUUUGCCGGCGUGUAAACCUCUAGAUGGUAAAUGCGCUGCUCCGAGCGUGCUGAACGCCAAACCCACAGGUGAGAUAUCAGCACCCUAUCCUGCAGGAAGCACGAUUAGAUUCCUCUGUGACCACGGCUUUGAGUUCGAAGGAACACAAUAUGCGCUUUGUGACGAUGGAACUUGGAGGCUGCCGGCGUGUAAACGUCGUAGUCCAUCAGCAUGUUCUAAAGCACACGUGCCAAACGCCCAUCUCACAGACGGAGGAAUAUUCGCGUAUAUUUCCACAAGCUUUAAAUUCGAGUGUCAAUCAGGCUACGAGUUUGAAGAAACAACUGAUGGAGAAUGUGCAAAUGGACUCUGGACACUGCCAAUAUGUAAAGCCAUUCGCUGUGAAUCUCCACCCCGUAUUGAACAUGGAGAUUUUACAGAGCUAUCAGGUGCACACGAAUUAAGAGUUCAGUGUGCGAGACUUCAUAAACUCGUAGGACCUGAAACAGUAACAUGUGUGAAUAAAAAGUGGACGGAGCUCCCAGUGUGUAAACCUCCGUGUAAACUGGAGGAAACUGGUGAAUAUAUGAUGGAGGGUGAAAAAAGGACAAUGUUUUGCGAAUCGGUAGGAACUAUGGGAAUAAAGACUGCACAGUGUGUGAAUGGAGAGCUUCAAAUGAGUGAAUGUAGAUUUUUCGUGAAGUAGAACUGAUCUGCAUCAACAGCUGAACCUGAAAGAGCUCCUGCUGCCCAUCAGAAAUCUUUCUUCUCACCUGUUUUAUUCCUGAGUUAUAAUUCAGCAGUUGGAGUUUAGUAGUUACAGUGAAGCUUAAAGAAGCAUCUACACACUGUAUACAUCUCAUUUCAAUAUUAUUAAAUAUAAAGAAAAAUGAAUAAAGUUUAUGAUCAAAUGAUGAUA